UCGACAGUCAAUCACUUUCUCCCGCCCCGCCAUGUCCAUCCACGGCCUGCCCCCUCCACGCCCAAAACGGGUCCUGCGCAUUUCGACAUCCUCAAUGUCAUCCGCCCGAACAUCCUCUCUCUCCACCCGUACCGCUGUGCCCGCGACGACUACUCCACAGGCAUCUUGCUAGACGCGAACGAGAACGCGCUCGGGAACGCACUGCACGCGGACCCAGCAGCAGCGCAGCUGGAGCUGAACCGGUAUCCGGACCCGCGGCAGCCCGAGAUCAAAGCGCGGCUGGCGGAGCUGCGCGGGCUGCCGGGCACGGAGUACCUCUUCCUCGGCGUCGGCUCGGACGAGGCGAUCGACCUUCUCAUGCGGGUGUGCGUUGCGCCGGGGACGGAGAGGGUGCUGGUGACGCCGCCGACGUAUGGGAUGUAUGGGGUGUGUGCGCAGAUCAACGAUGUAGGUGUGGUGAAGGUCCCGCUGGAGCUGAGUGGUGACAAGGGCGAGGGUGGUGCAGAUGGGAGGUUUAGCGUUAAGGUGGAUGAGAUCAAGACUGCGGUGAAGGCCGAUCCGACGGUCAAGCUGAUCAUCCUCUGCUCGCCUGGGAAUCCUACCGGGACGCUGAUCCCUAUAUCUGUUGUGCGAGAGCUGCUUGAGUUUGAAGAUUUCAAGGGGAUCGUCAUCGUUGACGAAGCAUACAUCGACUUUGCGGAGGAGGGCACCAGUGCGGUCGCCCUCGUCAAGGAUUACGCGAAUGUAUGUGUCCUGCAGACACUAAGCAAGAGCUUCGGGCUGGCUGGUAUCAGACUCGGUGUCGCGAUCGCCCAGCCGGCUCUGAUCCAGGUGCUCAACAACACUAAAGCACCAUACAACAUCUCGAGCCCGGCAUCCCAGCUGGCGCUCGCAGCGCUGCAGCCCGCGGCAGUCGCAGCAAUGCACGCGACCGUUGCGACGCUCAACGCCUCGCGCACGGCGCUCCUCGCGUCGUUCGCGGCCCUCGCGCCGCUGGGUGUGGGCCGCGCCAUUGGCGGGAACGACGCGAACUUCGUCGUCGUGCCGAUACUGCAGAAGGGCACGGGUGCGGCGGGGCAGCCGGACUCGCAGCGCGCGCAGGCGAUCUACACGGCGCUGGCGGAGGAGCACGCCGUCGUUGUGCGCUACCGCGGCAACGAGCCCGGGUGCGCGGGGUGCUUGCGGGUUACGGUCGGCAGUGCCGAGGAGAACAGAGUGCUGUUGGAGAGAUUCGCGGACAUGCUGGAGAGGCUGUGAUGCGAUACUCAUAUCUCAUGAAGUACCAAGAGCACGCGGAAUUCAAAAAGAUAGGCAACACUACAUGGGGCUGCCGGAAAUCCAAGUCCCUUCGUUGACAGGUUUCCGAAGGAGUCUCGACACACACAUGUCUGCCAGAUGCGCAAAAGGAAUAUUCCGUUCUCGCGGAGCAACUGGCCGCGCUCAAACUUGUCAGGAUUGAGAACUAUUGAGAAGAUUGAUUGGAUCAUCAGAUCUAAAGGUCGAGUAUGUUGUUUCUAAGUUAUGUGGGGAGGGCUGCCUAUUCUGGAAUAUUGGCAUUUAUGGAAAGUGCGUUGUGAUUCUGUGA